AUCUGAGCAAAUUUACAGUCAUCUUCCAUCUAAGAAACAAUAUGGUCAGAUGGUACCGAAAUGAGCCCGCUCCCCCCGCGUCGCCCCCGCUCGGGCGACUCGGGCGGGAUCGCAACCCUAGCCGCCGGGGGCUCCUCGUCCUUCCUUCCCUCCCUCCGCCGCCGUCGAAGGACGCCGCCGGCCUAUAGCCCGGGGGCUGACGGCGGUGGCGGGGGCCUUUCCUCUCUCCUGCGUCAUGGGGGCGGUGCGGAGCCCCGCGGCGUGUGGUGGCACGGCCGAUCUGGCCUUGGUGGCGCGGCAGGCCUGCCUUGACCGGCGGCGGCGAGGCAGCCGCCUCGGCCUAGGGUGGCGGCGGUGGCGAGUGCGGCGGCCGGCCCUGCUUCGGGCAGCGGCGGCGCCGGGUCUGCGGCGACAGACCAUCUGACCUCGGAUCGGCGGUGGCGGCAUGGAGGGCCUGGUGGUGGGUCGGCGCCAUGUGUGGUUUGCCCUCAGGACAGAUCUGAUCUGGCCGAUGCGGCUUGCUCGAUGUGCGGCGGCUCAGAUUGGCGGCGACCCGUGCACACGAUGCUUGAUGGAGGUUCUUCGAGCGGAUCCGGGUGAAAACCUCGUUCUCGGCUUGAUGCCAAGACCGGCGUUGGCGGCACUCUUUUGUGUCAUUACCUUCUUGAAGGCAUCGCCGUGGAGAAGUUUCAGACCUCUAUCCGCUACCUCCGGGGGAAACCCUAGAUCAGUAGAUCGGAUGACGGCGGCGUGUUGGUGUCGUUUCCUCCUUGGGGGCGUCAUUCUUGGAGGUGUACACGGGAUCGAGGGACCAGUGGGCGGCUUUUUUGGUAGAGCUGUGAUUCAUCCUACACAUUGAUGACGGCGGAUCUCGGUGGCGUGGCGCAGUGGAGACUAGGCACCCGAUGCGCGGUGAUAGACUCGCGCAGGAGGAGGCAGUUGUCUGGCGUCAUGGUGGCGCCGAUGGCAGAGUGGCCUGACAAGGUAGAAGCCUCAAUAUCUGCUCUGAAGACGGACGUGUGGAAGAUGGCGGCGACGACACAUGUUAAGACAACGAGCCCAAAGAAGUACUGUGUCCGGCCAAACAACGGCAUUGUGGCGCCGCGAUCCACAUUUGAUGUUCUCGUAACCAUGCAAGCACAGCGGGAGGCGCCGCCGGAUAUGCAAUGCAGGGACAAGUUCCUUGUGCAGAGUGCCGUGGUCAGCCAGGACAUUUCACCAAAGGAUAUCAACGGAGACAUGUUCACCAAAGAAUCGGGCAAUGUGGUGGACGAGGUGAAGCUGCAGGUUGUUUAUGCUCCACCGUCGAAACCGACGUCCGUAAAUGAGGGUUCUGAUCAGGAAAGUCUGGGCAGUUGGAGUUAUCAAGAGACAACAAGAGAACUUGCAGAACCAGAAACAAUACCGUCUGACCCCUUGGCAUUAAUUUUGAAGUUGAUGAAGGAGGAGAAGAAUUUUGCUGUUCAAGAGAACAAUAAGCUUCGAGAGGAACUGCGUCUCCUAAGACGGGAAAUCAGCAGGCAGAACGUUGGUUUCUCGCUACUUUUCGUGCUCGUGGCGGCUAUUCUAGGCAUCCUACUAGGCUUCUUCAUGAAGAGAUGAGCUUGUGUAACCAUGCAGGUUGUUUCAGUUCUCUGUCAAGACCUGAAUACCAUACGUGCUCUCGGUCUUGUUAGCCAUAUGUACAACUCAUGGCCUCUUAUCUUAGGAUCUGAUGCCUCUUGUAAUUUUUUAGUUCAUAUUAGCUGCUAUAGUCACUCAAUAAGUUGCCAGUCGCCCUAAGCUCCCGGUAUUUGUGUCAGCUUGUUAGUGGCCCUACGGUUUAGCCUAUUCGAUUAGGUAAAUAUUAUGGCUAAUUAUUUGCAUCUUUUGGCACCUGUAAACAGAAUAGUUGCUUUGGUACUAUGGCUUUGCAGUAAUAUAUACUCCCUCCGUAAAGAAA